CUCAAAUUGGACUGGGUGCUGGGCAAUGCGUGGGCGGACUAUUUCGCGAAGGAAGGUGCACGUUCGGUCGGCUAUGCGGAAGGCUAUGUGAAUCUGUUCAAAUCGGCUAUGGUGCAGGCGAAGCUGGGUGCACGUCUUCUCAGCUACACUCUAUGUCGCGUGCUUCAGCUCAAGAUCUGGGGUGACCGCGAAGUCGACGAACCUAUUGUAAGGAAGCAGAAGGAAGUCGUGCAGGUGCUGGAGCACACGUUUUGGGUUUCGGCUGACGAAGGAGAGGCCUUCAGCCCAUGGCGACGGGAGGCGGUCAAUUACGCGCUGGCGGCUGCCACCACGGUGCUGGGCGAGGACGGCGAUCACUACCGCCAGAUGAGCGACGCCACGGGGGCACCGCUGCUGCAGGCGCAGGCCCACUUCGCGGAGCUGGGGCAUACGUCGCAGUGGAGUGGUCAAGCUACUGUCUGUACAAGGUGCGCGCGGACAGCCAGCGACGUCACAAAGAAGGUGCUCAAGCUGCGUGACAAGUGUCCUGGGGCUGCCCAAUGCCGCGAGACAAGGCGCAGCCAGGUUAAGCGUAUCCUGAGAUUCGCCAAGAGCGUGCCGAUGGAGUUCCAUGGCAGGUUGCACGAACUACUGUCGGUGCCACAGGGUGUUGCGGGUGCAACUAUGGGUCCGUGA